GUCAUAUUUAUGUCUCUUUCACACCCGCGAGCAUACUUCUAUCGACGAUAGAGUACGUAGCAGCGAAGGGAGCGGCUGCUAUCGGAGCGGCAACGCUGCUUUUUCCAGUCUGCCAGUAAAAGCAUGCUAUUUCGAAGCGGCAGACGCUGCUUUUAUUCUGAAGUGAGUUUGUUUUCCGUUUUACUCUUUUGUGCUUCGAUUAAAAAUGAGUGGACCACGUUGGGGUGAACGUGAUACGUUAAAGCUAAUAGAACAGUACAAAAAAUACGACUUUCUGUGGGAUUAUGAGUCUAAAUUGUACAAAAAUACUGUAGCCAGGAAGAAAGCAUUCGAAGCCAUAUUGGAGGAGUUGAAACCGAGCAUUCCUGAUUUGAAAGUAACCGAUGUGAGAUCGAAAAUAAAGAAUCUGAGGACGUCGUAUUAUCAAGAAAAGAGAAAAAUGGCGAUUGCCAAAGCCAAUAAUAAACCAUCAAAGCCGUUACGAUGGUUUAGUGCUUUUAAUACUAUUAUGAACAGCAUUUACAAUAGAAAGGUGACGGAUCUAGGCACGGAUGAAAGUGAUGGUUGCAGCGAAGAUGAAACAGAAUCCGUGGUGCCAUCUGAACCAAAUCUUCAGUCCGAAUCAUUCUUGGAAGUAGUCCCAUCGGAAGACUCAGACACAUUCGUCGUGUCUAUUAAACAGGAGUUUUUAGACGAAAUGGAAAAUCAUGGUGAUAAGACCACAAUUAGUGACUAUUUAGAAUCAGUGCCUAAGAAACGCACAAAAUAUGACGAACCUAAAUCUGUGGAACCUCCAAGAAGCGUAGAAUCGCCUAAGACUGUUGAAAUUCAAAGAUUUUCUAGAAAAAGGUCCGGCAAUAAAGUGGACGAAUUCCAGAUGUUCGCUAAUAAUAUAGCUCACCAACUAAGAAAGUUACCUUUGAAUAGGGCAUUGAAUUUGCAAAUUGAAGUUCAAUCGUUAAUAGCCAAAGAACGCAUUGAAAUGCUCAAAAAACAGGGUGGUGGUGAUAAUACUGAAGAAUCUUCGUAAUUUAAUUCAAUUUUUAUUCAGUAUUAAUUAUUGUAUGCAUGUGAUACUAAAGUACCUAACUUCUGUUAUGAAAGAACUAUAAAAAAUAAAUGAUUAAUUAUUAUUGUCUUCGUAAAA